CGUGUUCUCCCCGAUAACCCAACCAAUAUAUUAUACGCUAAUUGGCAAAAGCUCAUACCCACCCUUGUGGACCCGCAGUUGAAGUAUUACGCCCGAACUAUUGGCCAAGGCUUGGAGAAGACUAACCAAGUGAUCUCAGCGUGCGCAACUCUCUCUUGCACACGGAAAAAGACCAAUUUAUUGUGCCUAUUCUUC